AUGAAUUUCUCAUUGAUUGACCCGGUCUUUAUUGCUAGAAAUUGGGGAGAAUUUCUGGCCACGGCGAAUUUGUACUCUUUGGCUUUGAUUGCAGUAUUCUGGAUCAAAGCCCGUACUAUACCUGACAGUCGAGAGGAAACAAUCAUAACAGGGAAAUUCUGGUACGAUCUCUUCAACGGCGGAGAACUACAUCCUCGGACCGGCAACCUUUUCGAUUGGAAGCAUUUCAAUGCCAGCCGAACUGGAGUUAGUGACCUUUCGUUCGCUGCACUGCAGUAUCAAAACUAUGGUGGAGUGACAGAUUCCAUGAUACUCGCCGUGCUCUUCCGAAUGACCGUCACGAUCGAGUACUUUUGGUAUGAGAAUUGGUUCUUCGAGACUCUAGAUGGAUCCUUUGAGCGUUUCUCCUUCUACAACAUCUUCGGAUUCAGUGCCAUGAUGCCACACUUAUGGACACUACAAACACAAUAUCUUGCAACUCACCCUACAGAUCUAUCCCGAAUGGAAUCAGCUGUCUACAUAACUCUCUUCGUGGCAGGGUGGUACAUGAGACAUAUCGUGGACGACCAAAAGAGCCGGACUCGAGCUUCAAAUGGUGACUGUAUCAUUUGGGGCAAGAAAGCCAAAGUUCUGAUCGCAAAAUAUACGACUGCGGAUGGGAAAACACAUCAAGCAUUACUUCUCUGCUCCGGUUUCUGGGGAAUUGCACGACAUGUAAACUACGCUGGAUCAUUUCUAUACACGUUGGCGUCUUGUUUGAUUUGCGGCCGUCGUGAUUUUUUUCCUUAUACUGAGGCUGUUAUUGUUGCUGGUAUGACAAUCCAUCGAUGCUUUCGCGACGAAGCGAGAUGUCGUGCAAAGUAUGGAGAUGUGUGGGAUGAGUACUGCAAGAUCGUGAGAUGGAGAAUAGUGCCGGGAGUCUUUUGA